CUUUCACCUUCUCUCCCUCCGACACGCUCUAGAAAAUGCUGGAGGAGCAGCUGAUAACCCACGCUUCCGGAGAGGCCCUUCGCACCUUCAUUUAUGGGUUUUAUUUCUACAAGAUUGUGGACGACAAGGAGCAAGAGCGAGGGGGCAUUCAGCAGCCGGCCCUGUGGCACACAGCAGCCAAAGACGAGUUCUCCGCCUUCCAGCGGAAGUGGUUUGAGGUGGCUUUUGUGGCAGAGGAGCUCCUUCAUUCUGACAUCCCGGCCUUCCUCCUGCCGUGGCUGCCCAGCCGCCCGGCCUCCUACGCCAGCAGGCACAGCUCCUUCAGCCGCAGCUUUGGAGGGCGGAGCCAGGCGGCAGCGUUACUGGCUGCCACAGUGCCAGAACAGCGGACGGUGACCCUGGAUGUGGACAUAAACAACCGCACGGACCGGCUGGAGUGGUGCAGCUGUUACUACCAUGGCAACUUCUCCCUCAAUGCUGCCUUCGAGGUCAAGUUGCACUGGAUGGCGGUGACGGCGGCUGUUCUCUUUGAGAUGGUCCAAGGUUGGCAUCGCAAAGCCACUUCCUGUGGGUUCCUGCUGGUCCCCGUCCUGGAGGGGCCAUUUGCGCCGCCCAGUUACUUGUACGGAGACCCCCUUCGAGCCCAGCUUUUCAUCCCGCUCAGCACCAGCUGUCUGCUGAAAGAGGGCAGUGAGCACCUCUUUGAUGGCUUUGAGCCAGAAACCUAUUGGGACCGGAUGCACCUUCUGCAGGAGGCCAUCGCACACAGGUUUGGAUUCGUACAGGAUAAAUACUCAGCCUCUGCCUUCAACUUCCCUGCAGAGAACAAGCCCCAGUAUAUCCACGUUACAGGCACGGUCUUCCUCCAGCUGCCGUACUCCAAGCGGAAGUUCUCCGGGCAGCAGCGCCGCCGACGCAACUCCACCAGCUCCGCCAACCAGAACGUCUUCUGCGAGGAGCGCAUUGGCUACAACUGGGCCUACAACACCAUGCUGACCAAGACCUGGCGGUCCAGCGCCACGGGCGACGAGAAGUUUGCCGACCGGCUGCUGAAAGACUUCACGGACUUCUGCUGCAACAAGGACGGUCGGCUCGCCUCCUUCUGGACGGGCUGCCUGGAGAAGAUGCACGCCAGCGCGCCCUGAGAACCGGCUUCUGCAGGCCGGGCAAAGCCCAAUUCAGCCGGGAGCAGCCAAAGCCCCCGUGGCAGGCUUGGCAUCUGAGCGAGCCGCCAGGGCCUGCAAGGGUCAGGCUGAGAGGAAAGAAGAUUUGAGGAAUCGAGAAAUAGCAGACAGAAGUUUGUGCUGAGAGGCUUCUGGCCUGCUCCUGGGUGGCAGAUGCUAUGUAUAUAUAAAUAUGUAAAUAUAUACCGUAUAAAUACAGAAUUUACAAUUUAAUCAAUAGGAAAGGACAUCCUUUCCCUCCCAUUCCUUGUAUUUUGAUAAGCCUGCGGCCUCUUUCAACGGUGGGUAAUUAGGAAAAGAGCAAAAAUGGCCACGUCUGAAAAGAUCCUGGUUGGAAAGGGAGAUUUUAAAGAUGCUGGGUGGGAACAAGCCAUAAAUGCAGAGCAAGGCG